CAGAAUUGGAACACCACUUCACCAAGCUGAGAGCCAAGUAUCACCAAAUUAAAUCAAUAUUUGUUAGUAAUUAAUCAAUUAAGAUGACAGGCACAGGUUCACCUUGUGGUGCCUGCAAGUUCUUGAGGAGAAAAUGUAUGAGGGGCUGUGUUUUUGCCCCUUAUUUCUGUCAUGAACAAGGAGCCUCUCACUUUGCAGCCAUCCACAAGGUCUUUGGUGCUAGCAAUGUCUCCAAGCUUCUUGCUCAUCUUCCCGUCAGUGAUCGGAGCGAAGCGGCUGUCACCAUCGCAUAUGAAGCCUUAGCCAGGAUUCAAGAUCCAAUUUAUGGUUGCGUUUCACAUAUUUUCGCACUCCAGCAGCAGGUAGUUAAUUUACAAGUACAAUUAGCUUCGUUAAGGGAACAAGCAAGUCAAAGCUUUGGCAAAGGCUCUGGAAGUAGUGGAAACCCUAAUUAUGAUACAACAGCUAAUCAUGGGAAAUUCAAUCCUUUUGAUUCUCCGAAUGAUUUUCAAAACUGGUUUCAAUCAGAAAAUGCAAGUAUGAUUUCCCCAUUCGAUCAUCGAAACUCGAGCAGAAACAUCGCCGCGGAUCACUUUAUGGUGAAUCCAAACUCAGCUUCAGGACACUAUGAAAAUUCAGCAAUUCCUCAACAUGAGGAUGCCUCAUUCUCUAGUUUGGAAGAUCAGGGCUCUACUCACACUAUGGAUUCUGUUGAGGACAUGCAGACAAGUCAUUGUCAAUGGACUUUUCGAGAUGAUUUACAUGACCUGCAGUCUGCGGCCUUGGGCUAUAUUCAUCAGUACUAAUUAAAUACUCUAUAAUUACUCUCUUCUUAAUUAGCUCUUUUUAUGUAUUGAUUCACGAUGCACAUGAUCUACUUAAUUAGCUAUCGUGUAUUUGGGCUAUUGCAAGCACAUUUUGAAGACAUUCGUUUUGCAGCCAUUAUUAAUAAAACCAGGUAGCCGCGCUAGAAAACCUAGAAUCAAUGUUUAUACUGUCAAGAUGGAACAUCUUGGAUCUAUAUAUUACUGUUUUUUCCUGGA